AUGGGGAAGAGACCACGCGAGGAACACCUACAUGACAAAGAACACCUAGAAGGGCCCAGGGCUACCGACAAGGAGGGGCCCUUCCCUAGAGCCAGUGUCCUGAUUCGGACUUAUAGCCUCCAAAGCUCAGAGGCUGAAGGGAGGGAGACAGCUUCUCUGGGGAGGAUUGAGUGAAGUAGAGAAGAGAGCCUUGUUUUCAAUAAAGAAACCAGGCUGCCGCAGCUUGUAAUGGAGACCUCUGGAGAGGGCAGCAACCCCAGUGGCAGAGCGACAUCCCGGCCCACGGCACAGCUGCAGGAGCUUGAGCCCCGGGUGGCCCGCAGACGCCUGUCGCAGGCUCGGCACCGUGCCACCCUGGCAGGGCUCUUCAGCAACCUCAGGAAAAUCGUUUAUUCCCACUCUGACCUCGUAGCGUCAAAGUGGCAGGUUUUGAAUAAGGCGAAGACCUAUAUUCAGGACCUGGAACAAACCUUGGAUACUUUGCUGAAGCUGAAAGAAUCCUUCAACCUGGUGGAUGGAUAUGCUAGAAGCUUAGAGGAGGUCAGGAAAGAAUAUGCCAGAAUGUACUCCGGGAAGCUUACAUACAGGGUAUCUUCUGAAGAACAGAAGUCCCCUCCCCCCCUUUUUUUAAAAAAAUAAAUGUGUUUUUUCUCCAGCAGGGAACCAAAUAAGGCUUGUCAGAAGGGUGCUGAGGAGGAGGAAGAAGAAGAUGAGGAAGAGGAGGAAGACCAAGAGGAGGAAGAAGAGGAAGAGGAGGGGGAAGAGGGGGAGGAGGAGGAGGAAGAAGAAGAGAAAAACAUGGAGCUCACACACUCCCCAGGCGCCUUGUCGCCAGACCUUAUGGAAUUUGAACGGUAUCUCACCUUCUACAAGCAGAUGAUGGACCUUCUGACGGGCAAUGGGAUCAUCUCCUCACAGGAGGUGACGCUGUCCAUCGUGUCUGCAGCCAUCUCCCACCUGUGGCAGAACCUCUCUGAGGAGAGGAAAGCCAGUCUCCUCCAGGCCUGGACACAGAAACACAGUGGCCUCCCGGGCCUCAGAGGGGCCUGUCAGGAGUUGGCCUGUGCGGAGGGCAGCGUGAAGGACAGUGGUGUGGAAAGCCAGGGGGCCAGCUGCUCGCUGGUCUCCACUCCGGAGGAGAUCCUUUUUGAAGAUGCCAUCGAUGUGGCAGGUUUCCUGGACAAAAGCGAGGCUCCGAGUACUUCCAGCUCCAGUUCAGUGCUUGCCAGUUGCAACCCGGAGAAUUCGGAGAAGUAUCAGCUGUACAUGCAGAUCCUUGAAUUUUUCAAAAGCCUUUGCUGUGUGAACGUUCAGUUAAAACAGGACCCAGCCCUUGCCAUUGACGAUGAGCUGCUAAUGCUGAGGUGCACGGAAACCUUUGACGAUGAAGACCUGUGAUGCACACGGCUGGG